UUUAGAACUUUGCCUUGGGAUGCAGGAGGGCUGUGGAAGAAUUCUAAUCAGUGAUCAGCUCACUCUGGCAGCUCUGUGGACAAUGGAUGGAGGCUGGCAUCAGUAAGCUGGUAAGCGGAUUCUUCCAGAGCUGACUUCUGUGCAGAGUUGUCCUGGCUCUUCUGGCCCAAAGCCCUGCCACUGCUCCUUGCUGGAGCCUGCGCGCUGGGCCUCACCUAGACCAGACCGAGUAGAAAGGAGCCAUCUCCAUCCACCAGCAGCCAUGAACUUCCUCCGGCGGCGUCUCUCGGACAGCAGCUUUGUGGCCAACCUGCCUAAUGGCUACAUGACGGACCUGCAGCGCCCAGAUAGCUCCACCAGCUCCCCCGCUUCCCCCGCCAUGGAGAGGAGGCACCCCCAGCCCCUGGCAGCCUCCUUCUCCUCCCCAGGAUCCAGCCUUUUCAGCUCCUUCUCCAGCGCCAUGAAGCAGACCCCGCAGGCGCCCUCAGGGCUGAUGGAGCCUCCAGGCCCCUCCACGCCUGUUGUCCAAAGACCCAGGAUCCUGUUGGUGAUCGAUGAUGCCCACACAGACUGGUCGAAGUAUUUCCAUGGAAAGAAGGUGAAUGGAGAGAUUGAGAUCCGAGUGGAACAGGCAGAGUUCUCAGAGUUGAAUCUGGCUGCCUACGUGACUGGGGGCUGCAUGGUGGACAUGCAAGUCGUGAGAAACGGGACCAAAGUAGUGAGGUCCUUCAAGCCUGACUUCAUCCUGGUCCGUCAGCACGCCUACAGCAUGGCCCUGGGCGAAGACUACCGGAGCCUGGUCAUCGGCCUCCAGUAUGGCGGGCUGCCCGCCGUCAACUCCCUCUACUCCGUCUACAACUUCUGCAGCAAGCCCUGGGUGUUCUCGCAGCUCAUUAAGAUCUUCCAUUCCCUGGGCCCUGAGAAGUUCCCACUAGUGGAGCAAACCUUCUUCCCCAACCAUAAGCCAAUGCUCACAGCCCCGCACUUCCCCGUGGUGGUCAAGCUGGGACACGCCCACGCCGGAAUGGGAAAGAUCAAAGUGGAGAACCAGCAUGACUACCAGGACAUCACCAGCAUGGUGGCCAUGGCCAAAACCUAUGCCACCACUGAGGCCUUCAUUGACUCCAAGUACGACAUCCGCAUCCAGAAAAUCGGAUCCAACUACAAGGCUUACAUGAGAACCUCCAUCUCUGGAAACUGGAAGGCCAACACGGGCUCUGCCAUGCUGGAGCAGGUGGCCAUGACGGAGAGGUACAGGCUGUGGGUGGACAGCUGCUCAGAAAUGUUUGGCGGGCUGGACAUCUGCGCCGUCAAGGCCGUGCACAGCAAGGACGGCAGAGACUACAUCAUCGAGGUAAUGGACAGCUCCAUGCCCCUGAUCGGGGAGCACGUGGAAGAGGACAAACAGCUGAUGGCCGACCUCGUCGUCUCCAAAAUGAGCCAAUUCCUAAUGCCAGGGGGCACAACACCCUCGCCCCUGAAGCCGUGGGCUCCGCAAACCAAACCAGCAAAAUCCCCAGGGCAAGGCCAGCUGGGGCCUCAGCUGGGACAACCGCAGCCACGCCCACCUCCGCAAGGGGGUCCUCGUCAAGCUCAGUCUCCUCAGCCCCCCAGAUCCGGAAGCCCCUCCCAACAGAGGCUCUCCCCGCAAGGCCAGCAACCCCUGAGCCCCCAGUCUGGAUCCCCACAGCAGCAAAGGUCACCAGGCUCUCCACAGCUAUCCCGGGCAUCUGGGGGCAGCUCCCCAAACCAGGCCUCCAAGCCCCGGCCCCCCGCGCAGGGCCGCAGCACCUCCCAGCAGGGUGAGGAGCCCAGGAAGACAGCGCCGCCCCAUCCGCAUCUCAACAAAUCCCAGUCCCUGACCAACAGCCUCAGCACCUCGGACGCCUCCCAGCGCGGGACCCCGAGCGAGGACGAGGCCAAGGCUGAGACCAUCCGCAACCUGAGGAAGUCCUUCGCCAGCCUCUUCUCCGACUAGCCGUCCAGGUCCGGGGACAGGAGGCCCAGUGCUGGGCCCGCUCCUGCCCGGCCUCCUCCUCGGCCUUGGUUCCUGGAGGAACAGAAGCCAGGGCCUGAGAACGCACUUUCUAAAUGCCUUUGACCCGGGAACCGGCUGGCCAUCGCCACGUGUCCCCACUUUCCUUUGCCAUGACACUCCCAUGCCGUCUGAAUGAGUGGGGGGCCCUCGAGAGCCCCCCGGGCUCCUCGAAAUCGGGCUCCUGAACAGACAGCGCCUGGCCCGCCCGCCGCCCCUGCUUGCUCCCCUGCCUGCCACGAGCCGGCUGCUGUCCGA